UCUUUUCUUUUUUUCAAAAGUAACCACCGACUAUGAUUAUGUUACCAAAUUUUCAGUCAUCACAAUACUCUCACCAGAUAUAUUCCAGAACCAGACAAACACGACGGUUACAAGCGCCUUGUUUUUGAUGAAAUUGAACUAAUCUCUUUACUGCAAAAAUUUAAAUUCAGUAGUUGUUGCAGUCGUAUGUGCGGAUUGUCUUUGGACAAAAAAGUAAAAAAAACUAAUCCAUUUAUUACAUGCAUCACUUGCUGCUUUGCUCAUGCAUAUGCCGUUAGCCAACCUGGAAAAAUAUGUCCUCUUCAUCACCUGAAAUUGUCAUCACUAGCUCCCCUGAUGGCCCCAUAACUGCCUAUGACACAAUCUCAGGCACCAUCCUAACUCGCUUCACCGGCAGCCGGUCACCUCGCCAUGGCCUAGCCCUUGCAGGAAACGCUUAUGUUGCUGCUUCUCACAUCUCCUCAUCCACAGCUUUAGGCUCUAUUCACCUCUACAAUUGGUGGUCUCCUAAGGCUUUGCACCUUCUUCCUGUCCCUGAACCUGUGGCUCCACUAGCCGCCACUCCUGAUGGCUCAUAUCUGUUUGCAGGGGGUUUAUCAGGAAUUAUCUACGCUCUAUCAAUUCCUUCAGGGAAUAUCCUCAAAGCAUUUCCUGCUCACGACAAGCCUGUAUCUUCCCUCAUAAUCAAUAGUGACUGGUCACUUGUGAUUUCUGGAGGCGAUGAUGGUAAGAUUGUUGUUAUUCCAGUGUUUCAGCUGGUAGAUGCAACAGGCGACGAGUGCCUAAGCAACUUGGCAUUGCACAGAUUUGUUGCACAUGAUGGUCCUGUGACAAGCAUCAUUGCUUGUAUGGGGCUUUGCCAUCCUACCAUAGUUUCAUGUUCAACGGACUGCACUUGCAAGCUGUGGAGUCUUUUGGAAGGAACAAAUCUUCAGACAGUGACAUUCCCAUGUGUGAUUUCAAGCAUCGCAUUGGACGCAACAGAAGCAGAAUUCUAUGCUGCAGGAUCAGAUGGUCUGAUUUACAAGGGAUUCCUGAAGGUUGGAAGCGGAAAACAGGUGAGGCAGAGUCGUGAAUUGGUCACAUGGGCAGAAAAACACCGUGGAGCUGUGGUAUCAGUGGUGGUGGUGAAUGAGGGGAAGAAUUUGGUAUCUGCUGCCGAAGAUGGGAGUGUUUACGUAUGGGAAAUAGAGAGGGGCCAGGUGAUUAUGGUUCUUGGCAAUAACAUGGAAGGGAUCAGUGAUGCAGUGGUGACCAAAGGAUGUGGGUUUGGAUUGGGCAAUGAAAUGAAUGAAUAUGGUGGUGGGAGUUUGGGAUUAUCAGGGAGAGAGCUUAGCUCCAAGCCCGUAAAAGACACGGUGGGCGUGGAGGAUGUUGUAACUGUGGCAGCGAGUGACAGGAGAAAAGCCAUUGACAUGCUUGAGUCUGCAAUUGGAGUGUAUGAGAGGCUCUUGGAGCUCAUUCUCAGGGAGGCCAAGGGACGUGUUGGCAAAAAAGGUGAAAAUGAGGAAGGUGACAUGUAAACACAUCUGAAAUAAUUUGUUAAAAAGGAAAAAUAACAAAUUUUUUUGAAGGAUUAUGGUUCUUUUCUUUUGCGUCCUGCAUCCUUAAGAACUCAGGUGAAUGAUAUAUCAAUGGUCAUUAAGCCUUUAAAUUUAAUUUUAUCAUGUUCAUAGGACUUUAUUUUCAUUGCAAUUUGCCCUCUGAAUUGUAACUAUCUAAAACAUGAAUAUAACCAAUUGCGAUGAAGGGAAGGCUAGUGAUUUUUAAAUGCUAAUAGUCCCAUUGAAAAUUAAGAGCUUCUCUUA